UACGCCUUUGAGAUUGGUUUGGGGUUUUAGCUUUGUUUCUCGCUGUCUUGCCCGAGAAGACUGAACCAUUUGCUAAGUUCUCUUUUCUUCUUUGUUCAUCAUCGAUCAAUUCUACUGCACAAAAGGUUUGUGAGAGUUAGAUAGAAGGUAAGAAAUGGAAGAUGUACUUACCCAGAAUCCUCCACCUUCAAGAUUCUUCCAAGAAGAUCUGAACAAUUUUGUUCCGCCACCCGAAACCCUUCCAUCCCCUUUCAUCAUAUUCUCAAACCCAAAACCUGAGCUUCCCCUCCGACCAUCUCUACUCAUCAUAGCCAUUUCUUCACCUUCCCUCUAUAUUUUCCACAAUUUACCUUCAAAGACUCUCCUUGGAAGUCUCAUCAUGCCUGAGGUCCCUUUUUCUGGAAACACCACAGAACCUUCUUUGGAAGACAAAUCCUGCAACAUAUAUUCCUUAAGUGACACCAAUGAUAAAAACUCGAUCAUCCUCGUCUCUGUUCAGCUUCCUGUAUCUCCUGAACGGUCUAACCUGGUCUCGAGAUUGCUCAUUGGCCAAGACAUCAUCCCCGAACGGGUUAUAAUCUUGGAUUCCAUUCAGAGCCGUAACUUCAGAGGUAAACUUUCACCAGACGAAACAUUGGCAGCUAAACUUGAAACAUCAGCUGAGAAGAAAGCAACAAGUCACUUGGUGAAUCUGGAUUACUUCCCAUCAGGGAGUGUAAUCGACGGUCUGAGUGCUUCACUUUUGAGCCGGUGUCAGCUAAAGAACAUGAAAGGAACAUUAGUGAUCUCAUGGCCCGAGUUUGGUCCUUCCGUGAUAAGAUUUGUCGGAGCUCUGCUGAAGCACAUUGUCCCGAGUUUGGAUCUUACUAAUGUUAACAAAGAUCUGGAGAAGAAUUCUUCAAGAGCUGGUCUUAAAAAGGAUGCUUGGGUCGACUCAGAGUUAUAUACAUGAUUCAGUGAGAGAGAAGUUUUCUUAAAAAGUUGUUUCUUGUUUCUAUGCUUAGUUGGACAAAACAGAGAAGACCUUAGGUGUGUGCUUGUCUUGUUCUCAUUGCAAAACAGUUUUUCAAAUUUUAGUCUCGAUCUUGUCCACUCUCUCUUACACUGAGAUUUUUAAUGGCAUUGGUUUCAAGAAAACCAAGAAAAAACAAAAACAAAA